CGCCGUGGGAGUGACCUCUGACCUUUGACCUCCGCCCGUCAUGGCGGCGGCGGCGGCCCCGAGCAAGAAGGAGCGUUUGGCCUGCUGGGAGGCCCGGGACCGGUACUGGCGGUGCCUGGACCACAACGCCGACGACGCCCUCAAGUGCCGACACGCCAGAGGACCCUUCGAGGACGCCUGCCCACAGCAGUGGAUAAAGUAUUUUGAUAAAAGAAGAGACUAUUUAAAGUUCAAAGAGAAGUUCGAAGCCGGGCAGUUCCAGCCCCCAGAACCGAAGGCAGAGUCCUCCUAGGCAUCCGGCUGCCCUCCCAGUGCCGGGGACCGCGGGCGCGUGUGCCACCCAAGGACCCUCCGCCCCCCCGGGGAGGCGGGUGACCCCGAGUGCGAGGUUUCGACGAGGACCCCCCCCGCUCGCGCCUGCCUCACCGGUGUCCGGCUGCACCCACGGGCCGGGCUGCAGAUCCCGCAGCUCCCCGCGAGCCCGGCCCCAGCCCGGCCCCGCCGACUCCCCCGGGAUGGCCGGGAAUCCGGUGAAUUGAGAGAGAGAGAUCCACUCGUCCUCCGCGAGUUCCGAAAGCCGGGGAAGGAUGUAAAAUAUCGUCUGAAAAGA